CAGCGAUUCCAUACGUUAUUUAGACGGGUCCUUCGAUUCUGUCAUCAAUUCUGCUAUAGAUUUGGGUCAUUCUUCUGGGUACCUGCCAGCAAGGCGGUUCCGUAAAUCGGUUAGUGCUGCUACUCUAGGCUCUCCGCCUGUGGGAGAGAGCUGCGGCCAUGGAACUCAGCCCCGCCGCGAUCGCUUUCCUGGUUGCAUCGUCCUGCAUCUUCUGGUCCUCCCUGUAUGGCCUUUUCUGCUACCUCUGCCCGCGGCGGUCUUAUGAGUGGAACUGCCGAGCCGUGACCUUCAUACACGCGGUCACCAUUGUGGUCAUGUCCUACGUCUUUGGGAUCUACUACAACCCGUGGCCCUUCACACAUCCAGGUGGCAAGUCCAGUAUACACGAGAUAUGCACCAUGGUGGUCUGCGUGGGCUACUUUGUCUUUGACUUCGCCUGGUGCCUGUGGUUCCGUGACCAGGAGUCGGGCGUCAUGUUGCUGCACCACCUGAUCACAAUCGUGGGCAUCGUGGCAGCGCUUGCCUGGGAGCACUCGGGCACCGAGGUGGGUGCCACCAUCUUUGGGGCGGAGCUCAGCAACCCCCUCCUCCAGCUCCGCUGGUUCAUGCGGCAGACCGGCUGGAAGGGCUCCCUCCUGUACGAGGUCAAUGACUUCCUGUUCCUGCUGACCUUCACCAUCUGCCGCAUCGGCAUCGGCUCUUACUUCCUCUACUGUGAGCUCCUGCACCCCUUGCCGCGCAUGUUCUUCAAGGUCGGCGCGGUGGCGCUCUACCUUGUCAGCUGGAUCCUCAUGAUCAACAUACUCUUGUUCACCUACCGUAAAUAUGGGAAAAUGUACUACAGGUGGACUUCGAAGACUGCCGAGGUGUCACACGACCGCCCAGCCGUUGACGCAAAUAGCACCACUCAUGGACACGAGGAUGGAGAUGUGAGAAUGCGAAAUGGCUAUGCAGCAGUAGAUGGCUAGCCUAAGGCAGGAAAAGGCAGAAAUCAGUGAAGCUUUGAACCACUAUGCACCAGUCGUGGUAGCUCACGUUGUGAGGAGAGGAGAUUGUAUAAAAAGCUGUCACUGUAUACAAGUCAUGGAUAGUCAUGAGUGCAGUGACAAGGAUAGUUUCAUUCGGUGACUUUGAUUGCCAUCACCUCAUGAAAUUAUUCUGACCAUUGCACAAAUUUGAAACCUGCUUAAAUCUUCAUCAUCUGAUGAGUAAACUUCCGAUCUGUUUCGUCUUCAGUUUGGAGAUCAGGCGAACCUCGUGUGUUAAUAUCUGCCAUUUUACAAAAUGGGGUCCGAAGCUUCACCCACUGGUGGUACCGUACUGUUGUGAGACUGGUUCCCUCCCUGCAUUAUUUUCCUUCUUAGUAGGAAGGUAAUGUAUGAAAUGGGGCUGGGAACCAGUCAAGCGAAAUGACGUUCUAAUCAACCGGUACCAUGAAAUAGAAUGAAUAAUCCAGUGUCAUGUGAUCGUAAUCUACCAAUCAGAUGAUGGGGAUUCAUGCAUUUAUUAUGUUAAGAGUAUUUGCAUUUGAUGCUCAUCAAAUUAUUUGAAAUGGAAUUCAUGUAGACUAUUAAGUACUGAAUGACUGCCAAGUUGAAGGCACGAUAGUCUUACAAGUUUUACAUUUUUUGUUACGUACUUGGAUCUUAUAUUUAGUCAGGUGCCUGUUCCAGUAAAUUUUGUGCUACAAGAACAUGUGUGCCUACCUGACCAGACAGUACUGUCCUGUAGUACUUUACUGUGAAGUCCUUGAUUGUAUAUAAUUAAGAAUGAAAACAGGUGAAAUUUUCUUCAAACAGUUCUGGAGCUACAUGUACAUGUAUGUGGACCCCACAGACAUGUAAACAUUGACCCAGUGUGCAUUUGGAAAGGGUGGACAGAUUUCACGCUUUGUGAUUGGCCAGUACAUUGCAAACUCUUGGAGGUGCACUACUGUGAAUCGCCUUUAUAAAUAAAGGAAUAAAUAUGUGCUUGGCGGGUGUUCAACGUUUCAGAUCGGUUUAGGAGAAUGGAUGCAACUACAGUGUAAUACCAAAGCCGCAGGCGAGCCACAACUAAGCACAAAUUUAUUCCCAAUCAUAUUUGAGUCAAAAGAAGUCAACAUGUGAUGGAGUUCCAAUGAUUUUGUUCUAAA